GGCGUGUCAGGGAGUCACGGCCAUGUUUGUUGUUAUUAUAUUUAGGUAAUCCCGGCAGCGAGGGGAAAAUUACAUAUCCAAAGCAAGAGGUGGAGUCUAUCAAGAGAGUUGAACCGUUGUAUACUGGGGAGCGAGCAAUCAUGUCAUCCCCGGAAAUAGCAUCUCUGUCCUGGGGCCACAUGAAGGUCAAAGGUUGUGCUUCUUCCUACAAAGAUUGCAAGGUGUGGCCAGGUGGCAGUCGGGAAUGGGAUUGGAGAGAGACUGGGACAGAUCAUUAUCCAGGUGUCCAGCCAGCUGACCUGGAGGAAAUCCUGAGGAAAGGAGUUCAGACGCUGGUCAUAGGAAGAGGAAUGAGCGAAGCAUUACAGGUGCCUCCCUCUACAGUGGAACAUGUGAAGAAACAGGGCGUGGAUGUAAAGGUACUGCAGACUGAGAAGGCUGUGAAAGAGUACAACAUCCUUGCAGGACAGGGGGCUAAAGUGGGAGGAGUUUUCCAUUCCACUUGCUGAAAAUGCAGAGCCAGCUGUACGGUGCCUUAUAUCUCAACGUUAAAAAGCUAACACAAUGCACUAACCAUUGUGUUAUUUAGUUGCCAUGAAAAGGGUGUUAAAAUUUUCUUGAAAAAUUACAGUAUUUACAAGAUACAAAAGACAAGGUUUUAUUACAUGGGAAAAACUACAGAUUAAUAUUUUCUGCCAAAAUAAAUCAAUGUUAAGGUAAAAAAAAAAA